AUGAAGCCAAAAGAGAGAGAGUUGGUGAAUGCGUUGAGGUAUUAUUUGCGAGGUGAGGGUUCAUGGAAGAAGAAACAAGAAGAGGAAGAGAGAAAGAGGAAAGAAAAAGAGAGGAGGCAAAAAGAAAGUAGAGAGUUGAGACAAGAAUUGAAAAAGAUAAGGAACGAGAUGGAAGAAUUAGAGGCAAGAAUACAGAAAAGUUGGCACCUGACACUUAUGAAGAAGAUCACAUGGCCCAUCAAAAGGAUCAUUCAAAAGAGGAAAAGGCAAACAAGGAAAGCAGCAAUAAAAGAUGUAAAAAAUGAGGAGGUAAGCACACCUAUGAUUGUUUUGAUAUCAUCAACUAUUAAAGAAGUUUUAAAGGAAAAUAUAGAUUGUUUGGUAUCAUCAAGUAUUGAAGAAGUUCAAAAGGAAAAUAUAGAUGUAGAUGUGGAUGAAUCCCCAUUUCAUUUUCAGUUGUUUGAGUCUAAUAAUCAAAUUGAAAUUAUUGAAGGGUAUACUCCUAUUGAGGUUCAUGAUAAGGAUGUUGAUAUUUCUGAUAAGGUUAAUAUUGAUGAUGAACUAGUAGAGGGGAAUGAUAGUGUUGAAAUAGAUGAUGAGGUUGAGAAUCAAGGUGUUGUUGUAAAGGAGUGGAAAGAGUCUCCAAGGCAAUUUGAGAGACAAGGCCAAGAUUUCAUGAACAAUGUUGAUACUAAUCAAUUUUUUUUUGUCAAGGAAUUUUUUAUUAUGUUUAUUCCAAGCAGAAAUCAAGAAAAUAAGAUUAGAAGGGGCAGCACAUUCCCUUUGACAAUUAAAAUUACCCAAGCAGGAGGAUAG